AUGGACACGAUCCCCUUCGAUGCUGCGCUUGACUUAGCUGAGGAGAGGAAUGUAGAAGCCCCCAAGCGGUAUACUGCCACAGGCAUCAGAAAGAAGAAGAAAAUGCCGCUCGGGGUCCCUUUGAGGAAGUACCUGUUUAUUGUGUCCACGUCCUUCUUGUGCAUGGCUAUGGGGUCUUGCUGCGUCCAUCUGGUGAUGAAACCCGAGAUGAAGGAGCCGGACAUUUCGAAGCACUUGCAGAAUAGGAACAGCGCCAUCCAGGAGGUGCAGCGGGAGAUUCUCCGCAGGAAGACGUCCUAG